UUUCAAGCGUACAGAGCACACACAACAUACAUUAUUCUACUGACAAAACCGUAUACAGUAUGAUUGACGUCAGUGAAGCCAUCAGUUUAGAAUAGCAAUAUGGUGGCUGGCGCACAGUGUAAACAAUUCUUUAUUUACUGAUAAAACACUAUUAAGAAAAGGCUCAGCAAAUGACACAGCUGCUUGCUGCCAUAAAUGGACUGGUCACACUACAAACUACAGCUACUAUGGCACCGCCGACGCCACCGGCUGUACCGACACCGUUGCCGAUGGCGCUGCCAUUUCGUGCCUUCAAUCCUGACAUUGAACGCUGGCCAGAAUACAUUGCCCAGCUCGAGGCACACUUCGCAGCAUGCAACAUACCAGGAUGGAAACCAAACUUUAAUACAAAAAUUGUGGUUAUUGUUCCCAGAAAGUUUUCGUAAUGUUUCUUAUGUAGUGUUUACUCAGACUUGCAAUGCAUUUAAAGCGUUUUAUAAUUUUGGACGAACUGCAGCAUGGUUGUUUUUUAGCACAUCUAUACUUCUUUUCAUUCCUGUUAUACUUGAGGUGGAAAGAGCUGAAAUUGAAAAUGAACAACGAAGACAUCAAAAUCAGCUUUUAUUUGGAUCAAAUUCUCCUGUGACACAAUUUGUGUCAUCAAUGCAGCGAUUUCAAGAUUGAAAAGCACUUCAGCAGUCUCUCCUUGGAAACAAAAUUUAUUUAUUGAUGUGUUCAAUUAGUUUUGUUUUAAUGGUUGCUGUUUAUUUUCUAAAAGAUCUGUUUCUGAGAUUGUAAAAAACAUUAUAAAAUAUCAUUUGGGUCUUUCUUAAAUGCUUAUGGGUUCAUGCCUUGUUAAAUAAAUUUGUGAAG